CAGCAGGGCCGCUACAGCUGCAGCGGGAGCAGCUGCAACAUUGCGGUACCCGCACCAACAGAGGGGCCUCUAGUGGAUUUGUUGCCUCUGUUUUUAUCGCGAACCGACCCAGCAGUGGUAACCACGACAGCAGCCGCGGAACGCCUCAAUUUCUCGCCCGUUGCUGCUGCCGCUGCUGCAGUGCCACCGAAGGAUGCAGACGAUGUGGUUUGCUAUUGCCUGCGGCUUGGGUUUCUCAGGCAGCAAGCAGAAGCAACACCUGGGGCUGCUGUCCCAGGAAUUGCAGCUGUUGAGCCUGCUCAGCAGAAACAGGGGUGGCAGGCGGAAGGACCACAAAAGGAGGAGCAGCAACUUACGGCUUCCGUCGGUCGCUGUAGUUGCUGCUGUUGCAGCCGCUGCAGCGAGCGCGAAGUAGCAUCUUUACCGUUUGCGCCGUGUCUUUUCGACAGGCCAGCAGCAACGGAGACACUGGAGCAGCAGCAGAUGGAGGCUGCUGCUUUGACGCAGGACCAGAGGCAGGAGCAACAACAGCAACAGCAGCAGAAACAGACGGAGGCGUUGUGCAAAGAAAAUCAUGGCUUAGCAGUUGCUGUGGCGAUGCCAGCAGAGAUCGUUGCUCCGUGCUUUGUAUGUGCAGCUGUUGUGCCGCUGCUGAUGCGUUUUUGGGGCUCCUGGAGAUGGACCCCCCAACAUUUGUUGCAGUGGACGAUGGCAGCGGCACCAGAAGCAAUUGCUGCUACUUGCCCUCCGCCGGCUUGCUCCCUGGCUGCAAGUGCAGCCGCGGCUCUUGCAGCUGCUGCAGCAGACCUCAGAGGGGCAAAGGGUGUUAGUAGCUGCAGCUCUGCGGUCGUGCAGCUUUAUUCAACGCCCUCAACAACAGCAGGAGGAAAGCCAGCGGCAGGAGUUGAUUCUGCUUGCCAGUGGACUGAACAAACUUUACAUAGUCAUGCUGCAGGAGCGAUGUCUGACGCUCCCGCGACUAGUGAAAGGGUGAGGGCCCUCAACCUUGACGAGGCCGUGCAGCGGCUGGCCCUCCUCAGUAGUCCCCUUGCGGACUCACCAACUGGUGACAUCGCUGCCCUAAAUUCCAUGGUGGAAGAGCAAUCGAAGCAAAAUUCGCAGCGUGAGCCACUUAAUCAAUGGGAGCAUCAGCCUGUACUGCGUGAAACGGAAUUAGUUUCUUCAGGUGCGAGGACUUCAAGUACAGGGCAGGUAUCUACAUCCGUUGCACAGAGCUCGAUAUCUGAAUGUCAUGGAGAGCGAGGGCGGAACUAUCAGUGCACGGCACCGGAAGCAGAAGACCUCGUGGCAUCGUAUUUCAAUCACGUGCGGCAGUUGCAUGAGGCUCACUCUUUUAGUGACCGCGUGUGCAGUUUCGGCAGCACCGCCGACUGUCUUGAUAUCUCCUCAGUAUGCACAGUAGCCCUUCGGCUGCUAGGAGCGGAUAAGAAGCAUCAGUAUUGUGAUAUGCUGACGCCCACUAACCACUGCUACUGCAGCGUCAACUGCUCAGCAGAGGGGAAUAUAUUCGGGGUAGCUACACAAAGCACCAAACCUGCCUCUAUUGGUCUUCUAAAAGCCAUACUGCCGCUCCCUGAGGAUGUACACGUGCAGCGAGGAAAGCAGCAGCGACACCAUAGGCCCGGAUUUGCUUGUGAAUAUAUUGGCGUGACGGAUGUAGCCACAGGAGAUACACUUACAGUUUCCCUUUUGCUAACGCUUCUGCUACCAACGCAGCGGAUGCUGCUUCCUUGGGAUAUCCACUGGGCACCCCGGACUGCAGGUCUAAGUUCGACCGAAGGAGCUGCAGCAGAAACGGAAAGAUUAGUGUGCACAGCAGAGCCAACUCGACACAGCUUACCAGAGUGCAUGAGCCGCAGGAGCACGGCCUGUGGCGUUUCACCCAGCAACGGGGGAUGGUGCUGUGGCAGGACCUGUAUUUGCAGCUGCUGCAACGACAACAGCAGUUGUGCUGACGAUGCUUCUUCUGAGUGGCAAAAGGCCUCAAGUGUCAUUCUUUCAGCCAGUCCUGGCGAUCUCGGGCCUACCACGGAGGUAUUUCAACUUGUAUCAGAUGUUCUUGGGCCCCUUCUGUUGCCAGCGCAGCAGAAACAGCAGCAUUGUAAGCUUAUGCAGCAAUCUGUUGGCGCCGAAGUCUCUGGUCCUCAGGAACCACUGCGGACUCCAUUGGCGCCUCAAGGAGGCCAAGGAGAAGAGAGUUCGGCUAGUAGCACAGCAGGCAGCAGUACUGUUUGGGCCCGGACCGUCAGUGGGGGUGUUUCCCUCAGGGUCACAUCAGCCGAGGAGGCCAGCAGCAGCCUCGAGAGCGAUAGUGAAGGGGCACCUGUGUCCCCCUUCAUGCAGCAGGAACGACAGCAGCAGGGGCCGUUGCCCUCAGCAGGAUCCCUCGUACUCCCGCAUAGCCUAGCAGCACCACAAGGAGAUGAAGGCUGCGGUGGCCCAGCAGACUGCGCGAUCAACAGCAGUAGCAGCAGCAGCAGCAGCAUUGUAGCUGGCGCAGAGGACUCUUGUGGUGUGAUGAUCGAUGCCUUGCGAGACCUAGUAGGCUUCGUUCGCAUAGGGGCAGAGGUGGACGUGGGCUUCCCCAUAUCUGCCGAGCUGCUAGAGGAGGCAGGCGAGGAGCUGCACGCUAUUUGUAGAGCUAACAAGCAAGCUAUGCAGUCACCAAAUAAAUGGUCUUUUCUUUUGCGGCUUUUGUAUGCAGUAGGUGCAACCCAAAGUCCCCUUUCCCCGGGUACACCUUCAACAGAUGCAGGAGUGACAGGAGCAGGCAGUGGUGGUCUGACACAGCAAGCUCAACUGCUAGAUGUGAGCCUUUCUCUGGAGGCACCUGAUGCGGCUGAAAGGUGUCGAGCAACCUCUCUGUGGUCUGAAGGACCAGGUUUGCAGCAGCAAUCUGAGCUAAGGCUGCUGCCAGCGCUUUUUGCGGGUCUAUAUUACACGGGCGCGACUGCAAAACGAAGGCUUUUCCCUCGGCAUCGUAUUGUUAGCGCGGUGGCAGCUGGGGGGCCUGUGUCUGGCAGUGCUUCUCCACGAUCUCGAAACCGUAAGCAGCAAACUUUAGGAGCACAUCACAAGCAGCAACAGAAACCGCAGCAGCAAGCUCCUUUACACUGUUCCGCAGCUUCUCUGUCCUCAGGACAAGACGGGGGAUUAUCUGACCGUUCUGUUCUAGCAGGCAAGACUAGCAGCGGCAGCAGCCUUGCUCCGGGGGGCAAGACUUCUGGGCGCAGCAGCAACCGCAGCGGUAACAACACCCCCACAGGCGUUUACUUUGAUGCAGCCAGGCAGCUGUGGAGAUGCCAGUGGCGCUCAGAGGGGAGGCUUCGCAGCAAAGGAUUUGCUGUUUCCAGCGAGCCGGCUAGCCAUCCCACAGCAGCAGCAUCAGGGGCUGGAACUGCAACAUGGGCGCAACCUAUAGCAGUACAGCAGGCAGCCGCGAAACAAAGUACAGCAGAGGAGCGGCGUUUGCUAGACGCAACCAUUAGCAGUAGUAACAGUAAGGGGGCAGUCGUGUCUGAGUCCGUUUUUGCUGCUCCCCAAUUUGCCUCUACAGCGGUGCAGCCGCCUCUUACUACUGCAGCAGCAGUGACUCAAUUGCAGGGUGAGCGGUUCCUUGAAGUUGCAGCUGUUGGUUUCUUAUUUGGAGGAUGCGCUGCAGCAGCAACAGCAGCGGAUGCAGCAGCUGCAGGUACUGGGCGAUUUGGAUCCAAGACACAGCAUCAAGACGAACUAAGGCAGGUCGCUAGCCAGCGUGCCAUCCCUGGGGAAGGGUCUGCACAAGCAGUAGGGAUGGCAACAGCAAAGGGAGGGGAGCAGCAGCAGCAGGGGCGUACGCGGAUACUUACUUUAGCACCAUGUAUCCUGGAAGGGCAAAACAGGGAGGACAGCGGGAACACAGCAGAUCAAGGAGACGAGGGUGCAGCGAAACGCCUGCGUGUAGCCCCGGACAGUGUAUAA